AUGGAAAGUGACCAGGCCCUACUCUCUCAACUCAUGUCUAAACUGUUUGCUACAUUCAAAAUUAGAGAUCUUGGCGAACCAAAUUUCUUUCUGGACAUUGAAACUGUUAAGAAUAACGAUGGGAUUAUAUUGUCUCAACAACAAUACAUGAAUGAUAUUCUAACACGUGCUGGAAUGACAAACUGCAAACCUCUUUCUACACCUAUAUCUGUUUCGAAAGUUGUUCCCUUUAAUGCAGAUCUAUAUGAUGACCCCACGCAAUACAGGAGUCUAGCUGGGGCAUUACAAUAUCUCACUGUCACACGACCUGAUUUAUCCUUUGCAGUCAAUCAGCUAUAUCAACACAUGCAUGCCCCCACCACUUCGCACUGGAAACAGCUCAAACGUGUACUCAUGUAUGUUAAGGGAACUAUUGGCUAUGGCUUACGCAUACAACGGUGUGCUUCAAAGGAGAUACAUGCCUUUUCUGAUUCUGAUUGGGCUGGUUGUCCAAAAGAUCGUAAGUCCACAAAUGGUUUUGCAGUAUUCUUGGGUAAUAACCUUAUAUCCUGGGUUUGUAAGAAGCAGAGAACUGUUGCUAGAUCGUCCACCGAGGCCGAAUACAAAGCUCUUGCAGAUUGUGGGCUAAAUUGCAAUACCGGACAAUAUAAUGUCUUGUUGGAUGGCUGCACAAUAAUAAUUGAAGUGGAAAUAGAGUGCGCCCUUUUCAACUUGGACUUCCUGACUAAUUUCAGCAUCAUUUCCCAGUCUUGCACCAUGUUGAUCUUGAGGUACGAUGAGGAUCAUCCCGCCUUGUUUUUGCCCCGACUCAACGAGCUCUACAAUUCCAUUAUUGGUCUUCCAGCAGGCCCGUUCCAAUAG